AUGCCCGUGGACCUGGCUGUGCGGCUCUGCCUGAGCCACUCGCCCCCCAUCCGCAAGCUGCUGAACUCCUACGAGGAGCUGCGGGGCAACCGGGGGCGCAAACCCCUCCGGUCCUGUCUCAACCAGAAGCUGAGCGCAGAACCUGAACCCGAGCGACGAGAUAGCACCAAGAACUCCAAGGGCCAGAAGGAGAAGAGAGUCGUGUUUGCUGACACGAAGGGGGUCUCGCUGACAGCUGUCCGCUUCUUCUCAAAGAUCGAGGAGGAGCUCUCUGACUUGCAGCAUGCCCUGUCUGACCUUGCCUGCUUCCGACCUAGGCUGCGGGAUUCACGACCAGAAGUGUGCAAGUACGUGCUGGACUUCCCACAGCCCUCUGCGGACUACGUGACUUUCCGCAGCCGCCUGCACAGCAACCUCGUCUGCCUGGAGAACUGCCUGAUCCAGGACCGUGCCCUGUCAGGGACAGUGAAGGUCAGAAACAUUGCGUACGAGAAGAAAGUGACGGUCCGCAUCACCUUCGACGGCUGGAAGAGCUUCCGGGACAUCUCCUGCCAGUACAUGCAUAGCACGUACAGCUCAGCCGACACAGAUACCUUCUCUUUUGAGCUCGCCCUGCCAAAGCCAUCUGUCUGCCAGAGGGCCACGGAGUUCUGCAUCUCCUUCCAGUGUGGACAGAAGACCCACUGGGACAACAACCACGGGAGGAACUACAAGAUCUGCCCUGUGGGCAUGAUCCGCCCUCCCUCGCACGCUGUGAAGAAUGCCAACAGGGCCUGGGAGCAUCUCGGCACCUCUCGGGCUGCCGCCCUGGUCCUGUCUCACCUGCAGACCUGGCGGUGCUCAGAGGCCCAGGCUCCUUAUUGGUAG